UGCUCUCAGCAGCUUACACCGACACCAGACUGUGGGAGGCGAGAGAGAAGGACCCUCAUAAUCUGGCUGAACUGGCUGCCACGAUGGACAGGACCUAUGACAAGAAUCUACCAGUUAGCUCUCUGACUGUGUCGCGGUUUGUUGACAACAUAUCAUCUCGGGAGGAAGUAGAUCAAGCAGAGUAUUACCUCUACAAGUUUCGUCACAGUCCAAACUGUUGGUACCUGCGAGACUGGACUGUUCACUGCUGGAUCAGACAGUGUCUAAAAUACGGGGCCAGGGAUAAAUCCCUGUACACGCUUAAAAACAAGGUCCAGUAUGGAAUAUUUCCAGAUGAUUUCACCUUCAACCUGCUCAUAGAUCCUUACAUAAAGGAUGGAGACUUUAAAAGUGCGUGCUCUGUGGUGGAAGAAGUGAUGCUUCAAGAGGCCUUCGACCUUCCCUCCACUCAGAUUCUGUCUCUCUACGCUCUGGGCUCUUAUGUCGCAGCCAGACCACAACUCACUAUGUCAGAGGAGCGGGCUUUGGGUGCGUCGCUGCUCAUUUGUGGACUGAAGCAAGACAACUCUGUUGGCCUGAGUGCUCAGCUACUUGGAAAUGCUCUCCUAGGCAAAGUAGAGAUGUUAAGGGGCAUACACACCGUGUUCAGAGGCAUGCCUCUCUUCUGGGGUCGUGGAUAUCUGGACCGAGCGCUGGCUGUCAUGGAGCGGGUAGCUGCUCCUUCUGAUGACAUCAAGCUGUCCAAAGACAUGCUGAACUACGUGAAUGACUUGCUGCAGGAGUUGUCUUCCACCUCAGACUCUGAGUCCUCCGGAGAGGAGUCAGGAGGAGAGGAGGACAAGAAAGAAGAAGCGGUAGAUGAAGAGGAUUUGGCCGAGCAGGCUAAGCUUCCUCAGUACGUCACCAGAUUCAAGGAGCUGAGCUGCCAGCUGGAGACUCAGGGUAAAGUGGACUCUGCCUCCCUCCAGGAACUGGUGAGCGCUCUGGCCCAGCAGAACCUGGCUGCAGCAGAGAAACCAGACUUGGAGCAGUACGAGAGCCGGUUGCAGACCUGGGAGGCCGAGAAGAGGCAGCUGAUCCAGAGAGAGAAGGAGAUGAGGGAGAAGGCCAAACAGGAGAAAGAGGAGAGGUUAGCUGCCAAAGCUGCAGCUCAGCAGGCAUGAAGAUGGAGCUGAACCAACACCACUGAUCUGUCCUCAGAGUAUGUACAGAAAAGUUGUUUAUGUGUAGGAGAUAACAAAUAAAAUUGUGAAAUAUUA